GCCGUGCCAUGGCCCCGCGUGCCCGGCGGCCCGGCCCGCUGCCCGCGCUGCUCGCGCUCGCCGCCCUGCUCGGCCGCCUGCAGCUGACGCCCGCGUGCUCCAGAGAGAGGCAGUACGAGCACCUCGGACGGUGCUGUGACAAGUGCCAGCCCGGAACAUACUUGGCUGCCAAGUGCUCGGCCACGUCAGAGAGCGUCUGCUUGCCCUGUGGCCCGGAGGAGUACCUGGACACCUGGAACGAAGAGGAGAAGUGUUUGCUGCACAAAGUGUGUGAUUCAGGGAAAGCCCUGGUGGCGGUGAAUCCCGGCAACCAGACGGCCCCACGGCUCUGCACCUGCACCGCCGGCUACCACUGGAGCCAGGACUGCGCCUGCUGCCGCCGGAACACCGAGUGUGCCCCCGGCUUCGGGGCCCAGCCCCAGGAGCAGCCCGGCAGGGACACGGUGUGCAGGCCCUGUCCAGGAGGCUUCUUCUCUGACAUCUCGUCGGCCACUGAAGACUGCAAGCCCUGGACCAACUGUACCACGCUUGGAGAAACAGUGGAUGUUCCCGGCACCAGCCAGUCCGAUGCAGUUUGCCAUCCUUCUCUGCCUAUCGGAAGACCGCCGAAUGAGCCCCAGAUCUACUUGCCCGGUUUAAUUAUUCUGCUUCUCUUCACAUCUGUGGCGCUCCUGGCCGCCGUGGUCCUGGCUGUUUACUACCGGAAGAAAGGGAAAACGCUCACAGCGAACCUGUGGCACUGGCUCAACGAGGCCUGCAGUCGCUUGAGCGAGAACAAGCAGCCGGCGGCUUCAGACAAGCCCGGGCGAGCGGCCCCCGCAGGACCACCAGGCCAGCUGGAGCUGUGUGAGGGCGUCUUGCUGCUGACGCUGAAGGAGAAGAUUCUGCCCGGAGACGCGGCCUGUCCCAGCCGGGGUGGCGGCGUCCGUGGCGGUGCGUGCGUGGCCCCCUGCGGCCGGGGAGAGGAGGCUCCGCUGCUCACGCUGGUGAGCGAGACCGGGGCACCUGCGGCCUGGCAGGUGCCCAUGGAAGACGAGUACCCGGACCGGGCCCCGCAGAGCCCAGAGCCCUGGUCGUCCCUGCCCCCCACGCAGCCCGGAAGCCAGGGCGCACCGCCCUUCUCCGAGCCCCUGGAGGUUGGGGAGAAUGACAGCUUGAGCCAGUGCUUCACGGGGACGGAGGACCUGACGGGCUCGGACAGCUGCCUCUGCCCCGCGCCCCUGUGCAGGACGGACUGGGGUGGCGAGGGCUGGGGGGAGGCGGCCGGAGCCAGCCCUGUGGACAGCUGUGUGGGCUGCCGGCCCCUCCUGGGCUCCCCCCCGCUGGGCCCCCUGCCCCAGUGUGCCUACGGCAUGGGCCUGCCACCCGCAGACGCAGACGCUGCCGAUGGGGCCGACUCACGGCUUCCCAGCUCCGAGAGGGCAGGAGGCCCCUCCGCUGACCAGCCCCCAGCCUCUGGUAACGUGACCGGGAACAGUAACUCCACGUUCAUCUCCAGCGGGCAGGUGAUGAACUUCAAGGGCGACAUCAUCGUGGUCUACGUGAGCCAGAGCUCGCAGGAGGGCACGGCGGGCGCGGCGGGGGAGCCCCCCGGGCACCCAGUGCAGGAGGAGAACCCACCGUGCUGCGCCUCGUUCGCCGGCCUGGGCACGCGCUUCCCGGAUCCGCAGCAGGAGAGCGGAGCCCACGGCUCGCCCGAUGUGGCCGAACUGGACAAGGCCUCCCGGCCGGUGCAGGAGCAGGGCCCGGCCUCCGCGGGGCCGCCGGAUGCGCCCUGA